AUGUCACUGGAUGUCCUGGUGCUUGGAGCUGGACAGGAUGUCGGGAAAAGUUGCAUUGUAGUCAGAGUUGACAACAAAUACACUCUGAUGUUUGAUUGCGGUAUACAUAUGAAAUACACCGAUUCACGAAGAUUCCCCGACUUUUCUCUGCUUUCAAAGCAUUCGCUGAAGAUCGAUUUUUUGUUCAUUUCUCAUUUCCAUCUUGAUCAUUGCGGGGCUCUUCCCUAUUUUACUGAAAAGCUUGGAUACGCCGUUCCCCGACCAACAAAGGCCAUAGCACCGCUGUUGCUAGAGGAUUGCAGAAAGCUGAUUGAAAAGGACGAGGAGCAUUCGUAUUCGUCUGAGAUGAUUUGGAAUUGCAUCAACAAAGUAAUUGUCUUGAAUCUCAAUGAAACUUUGCCGCUUGCCGAAGAUCUUUAUGUUCGCACAUACUAUGCCGGGCAUGUCCUCGGCGCUGUCAUGUUUCACAUACACACCGGCACGUCUUCCGUCGUUUAUACCGGCGAUUUCAAUAGCAUCGCCGAUAGACACCUUGGUGCGGCAUUCAUCGAUCGAUUGCAUCCCGAUUUGAUGAUCACAGAAUCCACUUACUCCACGCUUCUUCGAGAUACACGCCGAUCAAGGGAACGCGACUUUUUGUUUAAAAUCCACCAGGCUUUAAACAGAGGAGGCAAAGUUCUCAUUCCAGUUUUUGCGCUUGGUCGUGCGCAAGAGCUUUGCCUUGUGGUGGAAUCGUAUUGGGAAAGAAUGGGGCUCCAAUCUAUUCCAGUUUUUUUCAAUGCUGGUCUUACAGAGAGGGCAAAUGCAAUUUAUCGGAUCUUUCCAGAAUGGAUGCAAUCAGAGGGUAUGGGGAACCCAUUCGAUUUCAAGUUUAUUCGUCCCUUUGACAUGCAGUUUGCCGAGCUAGAGGGCCCCAUGCUCCUCUUUGCAUCUCCGGGAUCUCUUCAGUCAGGAGCCUCCUAUGAGGUAUUUAAAAAAUGGGCUUCAGAUGAACGGAAUUUGGUGCUGCUUCCCGGCUAUGCACAGCCAGGCUCAAUUGCGGCCCAAUUGCUUUCUGGGUCUAAAUUGGUAGCUUUAUGGUGGCCUUCAUGCAUUCAGCUUUCGGUCAACAUCCAGGUGCAGAAUCUUUCGUUUUCUCUGCAUGCCGAUGGAAAAGGCAUUCUGUCUCUGAUAAAACAAUGCCAGCCAAGCAGGGUUAUGUUGGUACAUGGCGGCCGCAAUGGAAUGUACGCCACGUGUUCUUACUUUUUUCAACAGGGAAAUUUUGCAAAAGCAAAUCGAGUUGGAGCUCAAUAUUCCAACGAUAUUUCCACCAACAGGUUUUUGCACGGCCAUCAUCAUAGGUUCAUAUUUGCACUUAGAUGCCAAUACAUUGCAACGUGCAUCUCCGUUUGCUGCCGUUAG